AUGUUCCCCAUCUCUGGCCCACAGCAGGUCAGCAUUGGGAGGUCCUCCCAGUUCCACUCUGGGUCCGACACCCAGUCCAGCAUCUCCUCAGAGGAUGGGAAGGGCUCCGUCUCCUCCCUCCUGGGCUGUGGAUGCUCCGGGACCUCUCUCCACACCUGCUGUUGCUGCGAGUCCCAGAGGCAGCAGGAAAAAUGGAAGAGUGGGGGAAGCCAGGGGGACCCCAAUCUCUCCAUCCCUCUGCUGUUGAUGAACAAGGUGCCGUCCGGGUUCGAGGACGGAGACAAGGUCAACGUGGACAUGCGUCCGGAAUCUUCCACUGAAGCGGACUAUGAAAUGGUGCCAGUGGAGGCGUACGGCAUGGCGAUGCUGAAGGGAAUGGGCUGGAAGGUGAGAGAGGGCAUCGGCAGGACUUUCAAACAGGAUGUGAAGCCCAUAGAGCACCAGCUGCGGCCCAAGGCGGGUCUCGGAGCGGACCGCUCUGCAAUCAAGGACCUGGAUGAGAGCCGACCCAAGCGGCCCCCCAAACCGGGGGAGGAGAGUGCCCCGGAGGAGCCCCAGGGGCUGGUGACAGGAUCACGUAUCCAGCAGCACGAACCAGUCAUUCAAUGA